CUGCGUCCAGAGCCAUCCGGUAAGAUGGUCCCCUCGCUUUGUCUCCCCUGAACGGAGUUGUUACGGUAUUCUUUUCUCGCUUCGGUACCGUCGAAAAUCUGGAAAUUGGGUUAAAGUGAGCCGCAUUUACUAGAAAGACGUGUCUGGGUUGGACAAGACAUGACGACAUUGAAAAGCAGGGUGGGAAGGCCCGUGCUUGCAUUUUCGGUGCAUGCCCAUGCAUUGGACCAUGUGUGCACUGCCGAGACUGCAAGGUUGCCAGGGCAACGUGGGGCAAUGAAAUAAGUGGUUCUGCAGUAACGAAGGCAGCUGAACCCGGUGGUGUUAGCGAGACAGAACUUGGAGUCCCUAAUACUCAGGUAAUCAAUCUGGCUUCUUCUGAAUUAAACCUAGAAACAAUGGCGGAAAAAGCAGAAGAGCCCGGUAGCUCAACAGAAACAAUUAAGCCCUCCUCCUCUCGCAACAAGAGGAAGCCUGCUACUGUCACUAAGCACACUGGACGCAAUGAAUCUGAUGUCUCAGCUGAUACUGAAAAUGAAGAUUUCACUCCAGAGACUAAUAUGGGCAGCACAUCCAAAGGCACUUUGGUGAUGAGGCCAGCUGGAAAUGAAAAUAAAGGUGCUAUGAAGCUACGAGUGGAUUUCAAACAGAAACGGACAGGUGAUACCUUGCCAAAGAAGGUAAACUGCACUGCUUGUGGAAAACAAGUAAACCAGUUUCAGCGCAACUCAUUGCAUGAACAUCCAGCUCUAAAAGUCCUUAUUUGCAAGUCAUGCUUUAAGUAUUACACAAGUGAUGACAUCAGCAGAGACUCUGAUGGGAUGGAUGAGCAGUGCAGGUGGUGUGCCGAAGGAGGCAAGCUCAUCUGCUGUGACUACUGCAACAAUGCCUUCUGCAAGAAGUGCAUUCUGCGCAACCUGGGCAGGAAGGAGCUCUCGACUAUUACUGAUGACAACUCAAAGUGGCACUGCUAUGUGUGCAGAUCAGACCCUCUCCAGGACCUCAUCUCUAAAUGCCACCGUAUUAUGGAAAACCAAGAACUUUUGCAGCUCAAACAGCGAAAAAAUGAUAAAACAGGGGGACAUGAAAGAAAGAGUCACACUAACAAAUCUGUCAAAAAGCACAAAGAAGUUGUCAAUGGAAAAGAACACGUGGAAGGCUCAGGGACCAUGACGUUUUCUUACAAAAAACUACAGGUACCCAAAGAACUUAUAAAGAAAGCAAAAAAGCUUGUGGAAACUACAACUGGCCUGAACAACACGUUUAUUCAGUUUAUCCAGCAGGCAUCUGAAGAGCAGGGAGAUAAAACUAUUAGGUAUCGGCACCUGAAAGCCUUUAAGGCAGUGCUUGCUGAUUUGAAAAAAGCCCACAAUGCUCUGGAGGAAGCUUUAGAGCCCGAGUUUAAAAACAUGGAUCUGCAGAAUGGUAAUGAAGGGCAGCAUAUUGUGAAAGCGUCUCCUGAUGUUGUGGCCUCUGUAGAAAAUGAUCACAAGGAAAAUGUGGUGGUUACAGCUAAUGAGGCUAAUGCAUGUGAGGAGCCAGAGCAGGAGCAGCAUAAGGAACAGGAGGCAGCACAUGAUGAAAGUUCAAAUGACACUGAGAUGAAAGACUGCCAAACAGACAAUUAUGUAAUCGAAAAGACUGUCAAAGCAGAAGUCUGUGAUGAUGGACCGAUAUCUGCUGGAGAAACAUCCCUGGACCAUGAUAUUAUGUCUGUACCACCUUCAGUUCCUGAGGAGCUUUUUCAAAUGGUAGAGAGUCUUGCAGAGUCCACCAUUUUGUCACAAACUGACCCAAAAACUGACCCGAAUUCGCCCGCAGACACUGACACAGAAUCUAAUGAAAACUCAACAGAUGCCCAACACCCACGGCCUAAGGUGAAGAACCUCAUAGUGAAACUGACCCCUGUGCCAGUUGUGACAACACGUGGGUCAAGAAGCUCCAGGUCCAGUAACAGAGAAAAAGAGGCAGAGCUGCAGAAAAAGUGUAAAGAAGAACCUGUGGAGGACAAAAAUGCUGCUGAUAAUACAGUAGAUGGGAUAGACGGCCCACCACCCAGCCGUCGCUCUAGUAGAGUGAAGACCACUCCCUUGAGGAAGCAAACUGACAAGAAGGGGGAAGCGGAGACCUCUGAGUCGGAGUCAGAAGAAGAUAAGAAGGCCAAAUCCAAAAACACCAAAAAAGACAACGGGAAAAAGACCAAAGCCUCAGAGACUAAGACAGUGGACUCAGACUCAGAUGAAGUUCCUCACGCACUGCUAGAGAAAGCAGCAGCAGACCACAGCACAGACGAGGACAAGGGCAACACAGGAGCAAAAAAACACUUCAAUCGUAACAUCACUUCAACACAAAAUACGGACAAAGCAUCCAAGCGUAAACGGAAGUCUGAAACCUCUGAUUCAGAUUUGGAAAACAAAAGUAAAAAGACAUCAAAGAAAACGAGACAUAAGGGCUCAGACUCCUCCAACUCUGAUUCUGAGCAGGAGGAGUCCAGGAGUAAAAAGAGCGCAGCAAAGAGGAGAUCUAACCGUGUGGAGAAGCAAGAUAAAAAAGAUAAAGAGAGAGGCCAGAAUUCAUCAGAGAGAAAGGGGGCUGAACACAAGCGGUCUUAUGAAAAGAAGCGCAAGGGAAGGAGCUCCAAGGCAGCUGCCAAGCUGGAUUCUUCCUCAAGUGAGCAUGAGGAGGAGGAACAGGAGCAGGCUGAAAGUGGCUCCGGAGAGGACAGUGAUGAGCAAAAAAUCAAGCCCAUUGUGGAAGAUAAUAUGGUGGAAGGCAGUAGACGUUUUCAUCAGUCCUCAGGAGAUGAAGUGGAUGAUAAAGAGGAUGCCUCUCAGAUGUGUGAAAUAGGUGACGAUGAUGACCCGGAAAACAGGAUUGCAAAGAAAAUGCUUCUUGCUCAAAUAAAGUCCAACUAUUCUUCUGGAGCAGAGAGCUCUUCUGAUAAUGAGGAUGCAGAGAAAGAUGAGAAGUCGUCCAACAAAGUUAAAAAAGAGAGUGAGGAUGAAGAAGAGCAUCAAGACGAUGUUACAGAAGACUCUGGUUCGGAUGUUGAAGUGAAGAAGCGUGGCCGACGCCACAGACUUCUUCGCCAAAAGCUCUCUUUGAGUGAGGGUGAAUCAGGAGAGGAGAAAUCUCCAAACAAAGAGAAGAGCAAGGGAAGCAAGAAGAAAUCAGGGCGGAAAGUUGACAGUGACGACUCUGACUCUGACUUUGAAAACUCAGAAGUCAGUGGAGAGUCAGGUGUAAGUGAGGAGGUUAGUGAGUCGGACAACGAUGGGAAGAGGCGAAAGACCAGAGCUGCAAAGAAGAAGGAUGAUGAGAAACAGAGAAGCUACAAGCAGAAGAAGAAGCGACGCAGGAUCAAAGUUCAGGAUUCCUCUUCUAGCAAUGAAAAGAGUGGAGAGGAAGAUGGUGACGACCAAGAUGGAGAGGGACGGAAAGGACGCAAAAAGAUCCGCAGAAUCUUGAAGGACGACAAACUGCGGACCGAGACGAGAGAUGCUCUGAAAGAGGAGGAGGACAGAAGAAAACGUAUAGCUGAGAGAGAGGCACUUAGAGAGAAACUACGUGAGGUGAUUGUGUUGGAGGAGUCUUCUCAGGUAACAUGUCCUAUCACAACCAAACUGGUGCUGGAUGAGAAUGAAGAGACCAAGGAACCCAUAGUGCAGGUGCACAGGAACCUUGUUACAAAGCUUAAACCUCAUCAAGUUGAUGGCGUUCAGUUUAUGUGGGACUGCUGCUGUGAGUCUAUGAAGAAGAUUCAGAAGUCUCAAGGCUCUGGAUGCAUCCUUGCUCACUGUAUGGGUCUAGGAAAAACACUCCAGGUGGUGACAUUCCUUCACACUUUGCUUCUUUGUGAGAAAGUUGACUUCACUACUGCCUUGGUGGUUUGUCCUCUGAAUACUGUCCUUAACUGGCUCAAUGAGUUUGAGAAAUGGCAGGAAGGAAUGAAGGAUGAAGAAACUUUAGAGGUGACAGAGUUGGCCACGAUAAAGAGGCCUCAGGAGCGAGCGUAUGCCCUCCAGCGGUGGCAAGAGGUGGGAGGCAUUAUGAUAAUUGGCUAUGAGAUGUACCGAAACCUUACACAGGGCAGGAACAUCAAGAGCAAGAAGCUCAAGGAGACCUUCCAGAAAACACUGGUAGAUCCAGGUCCGGACUUGGUUAUAUGUGAUGAAGGCCAUGUCCUGAAGAAUGAGGCAUCUGCUGUGUCUAAAGCGAUGAACUCAAUCAGGACAAGGAGGAGGAUUGUGUUGACUGGAACACCUCUACAAAACAACCUUAUUGAAUAUCACUGCAUGGUGAAUUUCAUCAAGGAAAACCUGCUUGGAUCAGUUAAGGAGUUCAGGAACCGAUUUAUUAACCCUAUCCAGAAUGGUCAGUGUGCUGACUCCACACCACAAGAUGUCCGGCUUAUGAAGAAGAGAGCCCACAUCCUCUAUGAAAUGCUGGCUGGCUGUGUCCAGAGAAAGGAUUACACGGCUCUCACCAAGUUCCUGCCUCCCAAACAUGAAUACGUUCUGUCGAUAAGAGUGACCCCACUUCAGUGCAAACUCUACAGAUACUACCUGGAGCACUUCACUGGUUUGGGGAAUGCUAUGGAGGGAGGCCGAGGCCGUGCAGGGACCAAACUCUUCCAGGAUUUCCAGAUGCUCAGCAGAAUCUGGACACAUCCAUGGUGCCUUCAGCUGGACUACAUCAGUAAAGAGAACCGGGGUUACUUUGAUGAAGACAGUAUGGAGGAGUUUAUUGCCUCAGAAACAGAAGAAUCUUCCAUGAGUCUGACCUCUGAGGAUGAAAGAAUUAAAAAGAAAAAGAAACAAGGAAAGGGCAAAAAGAAGGGCUCCGAUGAAUCGGACAGCGAUGAUGUGGAGGUGAUCAAGGACUGGAACACCAGCUCUCGUGGCAGAAAUGGGGAGGGCCGAAACAGGGCGGAGUCUGUAGAAAAACCUCAGCCCUCUGGCUCUGCACCUGGGAGUCCCUCUGCUGACUGGCACAAGGAGUUUGUUACUGAGCCUGAUGCUGAGAUCCUGGAGCACUCUGGAAAGAUGGUGAUUCUGUUUGAGAUCCUGCGCAUGGCAGAGGAAGUUGAUGAGAAAGUGUUGGUGUUCAGCCAGUCACUUAUCUCCCUGGACCUGAUAGAGGAUUUCCUUGAACUGGCUUGCAGAGCUAAAGAUGAGGAGAAAGUGUCUCCAUACAAAGGUGAAGGAAAGUGGUUCAGGAACAUUGACUAUUAUCGCCUGGAUGGCUCAACCAAUGCUACCACCAGGAAGAAAUGGGCAGAAGAGUUUAACGACACCAGUAACACAAGAGGCCGCCUGUUUCUCAUCUCUACACGAGCUGGGUCCCUUGGCAUCAACCUGGUGGCAGCCAACAGAGUCAUCAUCUUUGAUGCCUCUUGGAACCCCUCAUAUGACAUCCAGAGUAUCUUCAGAGUAUACCGCUUCGGUCAGCUUAAGACGGUCUUUGUCUACAGAUUCCUGGCGCAGGGUACAAUGGAGGAGAAGAUUUAUGAACGGCAGGUGACCAAACAGUCGCUGUCAUUCCGCGUGGUGGACCAGCAGCAGAUCGAGAGACACUUCACCAUGAAUGAGUUGGCUGAGCUCUACACCUUUGACCCAGACUUACUGGACGAUCCGUCAGAGAAGAAGAAUAAGAAGGCCACGCCCAUGCUGCCCAAGGACCUUGUCCUGGCUGAGCUACUGCAGAACAAUAAGGACCAGAUUGUAAGUUAUCAUGAGCACGACUCCCUGCUGGACCACAAGGAGGAGGAAGCCCUGAGCGAGGAGGACCGCAAAGCUGCUUGGGCUGAAUACGAGGCUGAGAAAAAGGGCUUGUCCAUGAGGACCAACUACCACUCAUCAUAUAACCAGAUGGACAUGGGCAACUCCAGCUACUUCUCUUACAGCAUGGCCACUUUGGCCUCCAUGACCAACCAGCAGCUGGAGGAUUUUAUUAAUCAGGGGCGACAGAAAUGCAUUGACGCAACAAAUGCAUUGAAGACUUUAACGCGAGAGCCACUGGAGGAUAUCAUCAGCAGAAUAUGGAAGGAGAACCCAUCCCUCACCGAGGAUCAGGUCCAGUCCAUGGCCCUAGGACGACAGGCCUCUGUGGAAAUGGAGAUCAAACGCAGGGAAGCUAUUUACAGGGACGUUCUCACCAGUCAGCAGACGCUGAUGAUGCUUGUGCAGAAGCUCAUCACCAACAGGAAGAUGCAGGAGCAGCAGCUGGCCAUGGCUAACCAGGCCAACUACCUGAACCAGCUGGCGCUGCAAAACGGCAUGCUGGGUGGUAGUGGGAUCAGCCAGAUGGACCUACUGGGGCUUUACCAGCAGCUCCACGGCAUGGGCUCCCAUCAGGGCAUGGGCAAGAAUCCUGGGCCCUCCAAGGGCCUCUAGGUCAAAAGGACACUUCCUCAACCCCCCAGCCCAACUUGUCAGCUCCAAGUGGCCCAGUCCAAGCGAGGCCCUGUAUCAAUGCGCUGAGAGACCACUGGAAAACUCGAAGCAAAACCACACAAACCAUGGGUGGUGUACUUCUGAGAUGCUGUGGUCCACGGGGGCCUCAAGUGGGACACACUCAGUCUUUUAUUCUGUAGUUCACUGAGAGAAGGUGGGAGAUGAUGUAAAAACGACUGUGUGAAAGGUCUGUUCAGUUUUAACAGGAAAAAAAUGUAUAUACCGCCUUAAUGUUACUCAAGUUCUAUAUUCAUUUUCUUGUAUUUAAAGACAAACAAGUUUUAACCCCCAAUGCUUUUAGGCAUUGUGUCGUUUUCCCCUUCAAAAAGGGUUUCCUUAUUAUUUAAGCUCAGUAUUUUCUACUGUUGUUUAUGCCUAACUAAACCUGAGUGGGACCAGUGUUGUUGGUGACAGGACUGCUACAUGAUAAUUAGACCCACUAGAUUAUUCCAGCAAAGUCUAAUCACGCAGAGAGUCCUGAUCCUUUUUGGUAGGUGAGUGAAAUUGAUAACGAAAACAGAAAAAAUGGCCUUAUGUUAUUUCCUAAAAAGCUGUAAAGUUCUGAGGUUUGUUGAGAAUCUUUUCUAUGCUUUUAAGUGUUUACAUUAGUCGUCGCUGAACAUAGUAACGGAAUGCUUGUGUUGUUCAAAUCUGCCUGCUGGUUCCUAUGAACAUUUUGUAACAUUCUCAUCGUCACGUGUUGUCUAGCGUAGCGUAGCGCAGCGCCGCGUCUCUCCAUUGUUCACGUUCCCCUUGUGUUGAUCCCACGUUCCGGUGACUCGGUCUCACAGGGCGGCUCCGGCUCAGCCGUGGGCCCCGCUCUCUCUCUCUCUCUCUCUUCGCUCGCCCGUGGAAGGCCGAGAUGCGCGUCUCCCACGGCUGGUCCGUUUGGGCCGCUUCGCGAGACGCGUCGUCCUCAGCGCUCGUCUCACCGGGCCGACGCCAGGCUGCCUGGAGUCUACUUUGGCACAUUCUUACUCGUAAUCGCUUAAACUGGUGUAGCUGUUAAACACAAAGAACAUAUACAUUUACACGGAGACGCCUGUUGUCUCUCGUUGGCUCCUGUGUUUGCACAAGGUGUAUUUAAUGUAGAGAAACUUUUUAGCCCUCUUCAGAUGUUCUUAUGUUCGCAAACACACCAAUGUAAUUUGCCAUUUUGAUUCUGCUAUUAUCUUGAUAAGUAUUUAAUAUAACAUUUAAUAAAGUGACCAAAAAGACGA